GACGAUUUUUGAAUGUAAGGCGGUUGCUUUUAUUGCGAUUUACGGCUCACAGCCAGGGGCAAAGUUUGGUAAAAUAUAACACACAUUUCGUUUCUUUCAAAAGCUAUUUUUAUCAAACUACAGCUUGACAUGGAUCCUGCGUUUGCGAAACUUCUCAUUGGACGUACUGUCAGUAUAUGUCGCAGUAAUGGGAGAAUACACAGUGCAACAGUGAAAACUGCCGAUGUCACUAAAUCCGCCGUGAAUGUGGAAUGGUUUGAAGGUGGAAUGACCAAAGGAAAAGAGGUUGAAUUGAAUGAACUUGAGCAACUCAAUCCUGACCUCAUACAACUUAGGCAACUUCAACCAUGCAAUCAAGAAGAGCCUGUAUUUGGCCCAAAUACGGCACCUGUGAUGAAAAUUACAAGAAGUACCAGAGGAUCAGAACUUCCUCUGAGGUCAUCAAGAAUACCUGCGGCAUCAGAAGUUGCUCAGGAUAGUUCAUCCGAAGAGUCAGCCACCAGAAGGAUGACCACACGUCAGACAUGUUCAUUCCGUCACCCUGCCCUUCCACCUGCAACCCCAACAGUAUCAGAGGACCGUCUCUCUCAAGAUCUACCCCCAUCUACAGUCCCCAAAACUUUAGGCUACCAGAGGCGACUUCUUUCCAAACCAGCGUCUCCUCUGCUACCAGCGGCUGAGGCUAUAUGUGAGAGUGAGGCAUCCAAAUGUGCUCCCAUGGCUCCACCAAGCCGUCGUGUGUCUCAAAUAUCGGAGAUGAACAAAGUGGCAAACAAACGGCUGUCAAUUGCAAAACACCCUGAGCCACAAAAGAAAUCAAAGUUUGGAGAUGCAUGUCGGCCUAACAAGCAGUUUUACCAGAUGAUUGAGGAAUACAGAGAGAACCUGGUGAAAGUGCCCAUGUCUUUGUCUGAUCCGGUGAAACCUCAAAGAAUAUGUGUCUGCGUUCGCAAACGCCCUCUGAAUAAAAAAGAGCUGGCCAAGAAAGAGAUUGAUGUGAUCACCAUCCCUGGUAAUGGAGUCAUGCUGUUACAUGAACCCAAGCAGAAAGUGGACCUGACCAAGUACCUAGAGAAUCAGACUUUUCAUUUCGAUUACUCAUUCGAUGAUGACGCCACCAAUGACUUGGUUUACAGGUUCACUGCUAAACCUCUGGUUAAGACCGUUUUUGAAGGUGGUAUGGCAACAUGCUUUGCAUAUGGUCAAACAGGCAGUGGAAAGACCCAUACAAUGGGUGGAGACUUUUCUGGAAAGAGUCAGAACAGCUCUAAAGGGAUCUACGCCCUGGCAGCACAGGAUGUGUUUGCCCUCCUGAGGCAAAAGCGAUAUGCCGAUAUGGACCUUUGCCCGUAUGUGACGUUUUUUGAGAUCUACAACGGAAAGGUGUUCGAUUUGCUGAAUAAAAAAGCAAAGCUACGUGUUCUGGAGGAUGAUAAGCAGCAGGUCAAUGUCGUUGGCCUGCAGGAAGUGCCAGUGUUGUCUGUUGAUGAUGUCAUUAAGAUGAUCGAGCGGGGAAGUGCAUGCAGAACGUCUGGCCAGACGUUUGCCAACACCAGCUCUUCGCGGUCACAUGCGGUGUUGCAGGUAAUCCUGAGGCGGCGGAAUAUCCUUCAUGGGAAGUUUUCUCUGGUGGACCUUGCCGGAAAUGAGCGUGGUACUGAUGUCAGCAACAACGACCGGCACACCAUAGUGGAGACCGCAGAGAUCAACCGCAGCCUACUGGCUUUGAAGGAAUGUAUCCGGUCUCUGGGUCAGAACAGUGAACACAUCCCAUUUAGGAUGAGCAAACUCACCCAGGUGCUUCGGGACUCCUUCAUUGGAGAAAACUCCAGGACCUGUAUGAUUGCAAUGAUCUCACCGGGAAUGGGCUCUUGUGAAUACACUUUGAACACACUACGUUAUGCAAACAGGGUGAAAGAACUUAAUGGAGUGUCCAAGGUACCAUCAGUGGGGAAUGGUUCAAACCUGGAGCUUUCUGGAGAGGAGGAAGACUCUUCAGAGGACGAGUCCGUUCUUCCUGCAUUUGAGGCCGUUUCUCAGGUGGCUGAUCUGGAGGAGAGGUUUUAUGAGGAGCUGAAGGCAUGCAACGAGAUUGCCUCGUCUAUGGAAUGUCCCUCAUUUGACAUUGUAGCGAAUUUACCACAGAUUGAUUCAUUCGUGAGGAAAAUGCAAGAGUCAUACCAGGCUUUAAGAUCAGCAAUUGAAGCAGAACAAAGAGUCAGGAUGUCCCCCAAAUAAAUACAGUAUAAGGAUCAACGGUGUAAAAACAACAACAACUAAUAAAUAUAUUAAUGUUAUUUCAAUUUGACAUUUUAAUAAUCUUAUCUGUCGUGUAGCUAGUGUCAUAUUUGUGUGUGUUCGUUUUAAGUUUCUAAUUGUCUAUUAAAUAAAGGUUCCCUUGUUUUGAAUCUUGUAAAUCACA